AUGUUAAAAUCAUUAUUUAGAGGAAAGAAUCUAUCAUCAGCAUCAGGUCAUUCAGCACAUCAUGGAAUUACCUGUGAUCAUCAUUUGGCGCGUGAAAUUACUUAUAAUAACUUACGUCCGAGUAUCCCAAUUUAUGUACCAGAUUUAGUUACAGAAUUAAUUUGUAAAUGUUGGGAUACUAACCCGAAUAAAAGACCAUCUUCUGAAGAAAUAUGUGAUAUUAUAAGUGACAUGUUGAGCAAUGAAUCUGCUGAAUUUGCUACGCAAUUGAAAAGAGCUGAUGGCAAAGCGCUUGAAAAUUUAAUGGUAUCCGAUAUAUCAGCACCGUCUCAUUUCGGGACACAAAUUACAUCAGCUAAUCAUUCUAAACAUAGAUAUGUGGAUUCUGAUAAUUGUAAAUCAUUCAUUAAUAAUCUUGAAUCUGCAGGAUUAGAUACUGUUACGCAACUGAAAAGAGUUGAUAAAUUGCUUGAAAAUUUAAUGAUAUCCGACAUAUCGACACCAUCUCAUUCAACAUAUAGAUAUGUGGGUUCUGAUAAGCAAAACCAUCUAAGUAAUAAUUGCAUUUAUUAUUAA